AUGGGUUGUGGUUUUUGUCAAGAAAAUUUCGAAAACUUUAUCGGUAAGAAUCAUAUGCUCGGAAAACCUGAUCUUAUUGCAGGAAUACUCGGUUUAGGAUCAGGACAAUGGUCUUUUCUAAACCAAUUAGGUACUGCCGGAGAAGGUAGAUUUUCCUACCGCUUCGAGACGUUUAACUAUAAUAUUGAGGGAUCAAAUACAUACUUAAGGGUUGGUGCAGAUGCGACGAUCGGAGGCGUAGGUCAAAAUGUACAUAUAACUCCGAUUGUCGUGCCUAAUUAUCCGACUUCGCUCUAUUACUUAAAUCUAGAAGAUAUUAGUGUUGGUAAAAAAAGAAUCAGAUUUCCUAGAGGUACUUUUAAGCUUAACGAGAAAAGAGAAGGAGGCACAAUCAUAGAUUCUGGCACUCCAAUAUCCACCAUGUAUAAAGAUCAUUUUGAUAAAGUUGCAGAUUUGGUUAAGGCACAUUUUAAAGAGCUCGAAAUUGAAUGUAUUGGUUCCCAAUAUGAUUUUGAUGUUUGUUUCCGUCCUCAGGGAAGAUUUGAUAUUAAUAACUUUCCUUCCAUCACACUGCAUUUUCAACAGGACGGUCACGAUGAGAUCACACAAUUUUAA